GCGCCCGAACUCGAGCGCCACUCCAGCACAGCCCCCAUCCAUGGCACGCUCCAUGGCCGCCACUCACGCCUUUCUCCUCCCCGUCCUCCUCCUCCUCCUGGCCACCGCCACCCACUCCAUCGCCUCCGGCUCAUCCACCUCCGCCGCCUCCCUGGAAGCCGCCGCCCUCCUCAACCUCUCCGUCGCACUUGCUGAUCCCUCGGGCUACCUUGCCGCGCACUGGACGCCGGCCACGCCGCUCUGCUCGUGGCCGCGCCUCUCGUGCGACGCCGCCGGCUCCCGCGUCAUCUCCCUCGACCUCUCCGCCCUCAACCUCACCGGCCCCAUCCCCGCCGCUGCCCUCUCCUUCGUCCCGCACCUCCGGUCCCUCAACCUUUCCAAUAACCUCUUCAAUUCCACCUUCCCGGACGGCCUCAUCGCCAGCCUUACCGACAUCCGCGUCCUCGACCUGUACAAUAACAACCUCACCGGCCCGCUCCCUGCCGCGCUCCCCAAUCUCACGAACCUUGUGCACCUCCACCUCGGCGGCAAUUUCUUCUCCGGCAGCAUUCCCACGUCGUACGGCCAAUGGGGCCGCAUCCGGUACCUGGCCCUCUCCGGCAAUGAGCUCACCGGGGAGGUACCGCCGGAGCUCGGCAACCUGGCCACGCUGAGGGAGCUGUACCUCGGGUACUUCAACAGCUUCACCGGCGGGAUACCGCCUGAGCUCGGGAGGCUGCGGCAGCUCGUGCGGCUCGACAUGGCGAGCUGCGGCAUCUCUGGCAAGAUCCCGCCGGAGUUGGCGAACCUGACGGCGCUAGACACUCUGUUUCUACAGAUUAACGCCCUGUCCGGCCGGCUGCCGUCGGAGAUAGGCGCGAUGGGCGCGCUGAAGUCGCUUGACUUGUCCAACAACCAGUUCGCCGGGGAGAUCCCACCGAGCUUCGCGGCCCUCAAGAACAUGACGCUGCUGAACCUCUUUCGGAACCGCCUCGCCGGCGAGAUUCCCGAAUUUAUCGGUGACCUGCCGAACCUCGAAGUGCUGCAGUUGUGGGAGAACAACUUCACCGGCGGAGUGCCGGCGCAGCUUGGUGUGGCGGCAACCAGGCUGAGGAUUGUCGACGUGAGCACAAAUAAGCUCACCGGCGUUCUGCCGACCGAGCUAUGCGCCGGCGGUCGGCUGGAGACGUUCAUCGCGCUUGGAAAUUCGUUGUUUGGCGGCAUUCCGGACGGGCUCGCCGGGUGCCCGUCAUUGACGAGGAUCCGAUUGGGAGAGAAUUAUCUCAAUGGGACGAUUCCGGCCAAGCUGUUCACGUUGCAGAACCUGACACAGGUAGAGCUGCACAACAAUUUGCUGUCCGGCGGGCUCCGGCUGGACGCCGACGAGGUGUCGCCAUCGAUAGGGGAGCUGAGCCUGUAUAACAACCGAUUAUCUGGCCCGGUGCCGGCGGGGAUCGGUGGGCUCGUUGGGCUGCAGAAGCUUCUGUUGGCCGACAACAAGUUGUCCGGCGAACUCCCGCCGGCUAUUGGGAAGUUGCAGCAGCUUUCAAAGGUGGACAUGUCUGGCAACCUGAUAUCCGGGGAGGUGCCGCCGGCGAUCGCAGGUUGCAGGCUGCUCACCUUCCUCGACCUAUCCUGCAACAAGCUCUCCGGCAGCAUCCCGGCAGCGCUCGCCAGCCUACGGAUCCUCAACUACCUCAACCUAUCCAGCAACGCGCUCGACGGGGAGAUCCCGCCUUCCAUCGCCGGAAUGCAGAGCCUAACAGCCGUCGAUUUCUCGUACAACCGCCUGUCCGGCGAGGUCCCAGCCACCGGCCAGUUCGCCUACUUCAACUCCACCUCCUUCGCCGGCAACCCUGGUCUCUGCGGGGCCAUCCUGUCUCCGUGUGGCAGCCACGGCGUGGCCACGUCCACCAUCGGGUCCCUCUCCUCGACCACGAAGCUUCUCCUCGUGCUCGGCCUCCUGGCGCUGUCCAUCAUCUUCGCCGUGGCAGCCGUGCUGAAGGCGCGGUCUCUGAAGCGGUCGGCGGAGGCGCGUGCGUGGCGGAUCACGGCGUUCCAGCGCCUGGACUUCGCCGUGGACGACGUGCUGGACUGCCUCAAGGACGAGAACGUGAUCGGCAAGGGCGGGUCCGGGAUCGUGUACAAGGGCGCGAUGCCGGGCGGCGCGGUGGUGGCCGUCAAGCGGCUGUCCGCCAUCGGGCGCUCCGGCUCAGCUCACGACGACUACGGCUUCUCCGCCGAGAUACAGACGCUGGGGCGGAUCCGGCACCGCCACAUCGUGCGGCUGCUCGGGUUCGCGGCCAACCGCGAGACCAACCUCCUGGUGUACGAGUACAUGCCCAACGGCAGCCUCGGCGAGGUGCUCCACGGCAAGAAGGGCGGCCACCUGCAGUGGGCGACGCGGUACAAGAUCGCCGUCGAGGCGGCCAAGGGCCUCUGCUACCUGCACCACGACUGCUCGCCGCCGAUACUGCACCGCGAUGUCAAGUCCAACAACAUCCUCCUCGAUACCGACUUCGAGGCGCACGUCGCCGACUUCGGCCUCGCCAAGUUCCUCAACGGCAAUGCCGGCGGCUCCGAGUGCAUGUCCGCGAUCGCCGGUUCCUAUGGGUACAUCGCUCCUGAGUACGCCUACACUCUCAAGGUGGACGAAAAGAGCGACGUGUACAGCUUCGGCGUGGUGCUGCUGGAGCUCGUCACCGGACGCAAGCCGGUGGGCGAAUUCGGGGACGGCGUAGACAUCGUGCAGUGGGUGCGGAUGGCCACCGGGUCGACCAAGGAAGGCGUGAUGAAGAUCGCCGACCCCCGCCUCUCGACGGUGCCCAUCCAGGAGCUGACGCACGUCUUCUACGUCGCCAUGUUGUGUGUCGCCGAGCAGAGCGUCGAGCGGCCUACAAUGCGGGAGGUCGUGCAGAUCCUAGCCGACAUGCCGGGGGCGACGUCGAUGACCGUCGGUACGCGAUCCGAAGCCACCGUUGAAGUUGAGGAGGAGCAUCAGGACGGGACACAGGACUCCCCGGCGCAGCAGGAUCUCCUCAGCAUUUAGUGGCUGCACCUUGUCGCAGCCCCUGUACCUUGUGGUGUACUCUUCGGAAUGUGGUGGCGUGUCCGGAUGCGUGUGAAGGCAUGUGCUAGAUUAGUGGUAUGAUAAUGUUGUUGAUUAAUUAGACCAGUGUAAUCUCUGUAGUAGUAGCAGCAGCAGCAGCAGUGCUGCCUUGUACAAAGCGGUUAGCGGGUCUCGUCUCUCCAAUUGAAUCCAAGUGAUUUGUUUCUAA